ACUGAUCAGCUGAGUAGUUUCCUCCUGUGUCUCCCAGGCUUCCAGAGGUCCGUUGACUGAAGCCGGUCUGUCCAGAGCGGAGGAGUGCUGCCAGCUCAGCGGCACCAGGGCCAUCAUCAUGCUGCUCCCUGCCCUCCCUGUCAUGGAGCUCUGCAGGAGGAGCAGGACGUCCCUCUGCUCUCCGCUCUGCUUCAGCUCAAACAGCUGCAGCAGAUCAACAUCUGGAACAGCCGCUGCCUCUGGUCGUCUUGGUGCCUUUGCACCGCGGUGCUGCUGGAGGAAGCCCUGAUGCUGCACACUCUGAUGGAGGAAGAGCUGAUCUCAGAGUACAUGCUGGUCUUCAUCCCAGACUUAACCAGUGACCUGCAGGGAUCCAAGCAGCUGACCCAGGCCGUCCGCUGGCUGCUGGCCCGCUCUCCACCCCCCCUCCCUCUCUCCUGUCAAACCCUGGUGCAGCUCAUGGAGGCCAGUCUGAGCCAGGAGUUCUGGCCCAGAGUUUUCUCCAACCUCCAGAACCGGGCGGCCGCACGGCUUCCCUGGCAGGAAGCGGCGCCUGUCGUCCGGCUCUAUAACGCCGUCUUGGCUCACGUUGCCCACAGAGUCUCCUCCCAGGACCUCUGCGGCCUGCCGUGGCCCCCCGCCGAGUUCAGUCAGCCGGAGACCCGAGCGUUGGUCCCUCAUCUGGGCUGGAACUCUGCGCAGCAUCUCUCCUGGCUGCGUGGCGUUAUCCUCAGUCUGCUGCUGCCAGAGUGGGAGGAGACACCUGCUGCAGACUGCUGGCCGGAUCUCUGCUCCUCCAUCUUUGGUUAUGCUGCUAAGAUCCCAGCUUCACGUCACAGUCAGAUGCUCCUCAUGUCCCGGCUGGAGAACCUUCUGGAAAGGGUCCGACUUCAGGCUCAACACCCCCGACCCCCCCGAUCCAGCCCAGCUGAUGGAAACACUGACCUGGAAGAGCCGGGGGUUCAGAUUCCCUGGGAGGAUGUUGUGCUGAUCUUCAUGGACCACAAACUGAAAGACUGGCAGCCGCCCGGACCUCCUGCCUGUGGAGACGCAGUGACCGAGGACGGCGAGAUCCUGGUUUACUUCCCCACAGCUUCUCUGGAGGGUUUCAGACCUCCUGAAGAGUGGACGCAGGUCGUGGAAAAAACCCACAGAGAGAAGCAGCAGCAGCAGGAGAGGGACGGAGCGACUCAGGCUCCCUGCCCGCCGCCUCCUGCUCCGUCUCCCAGACAGAGGUUGUUCCAGAGCUCGGUGGAGGCCCCCGGGGCCCCGAGGCCCCGUCUGGACGUCACUCACAGCCCCUCAGCAGAGGAGCUGCUGGCCCACAAGGUCCUGCAGAGCUUGGAGGAAGAACAGGCUGAGAGCAAGAGGAGCUUGGAGCAGCUGAGGCGCUGGCUGGACGGCGACCCGUUGGACCAUCUGUCCACUCCGCUCUUCAUGCCGUCCUCCACCCUGCUGUCCUCACCGACCACCAUGAAGGUUGCUCCUUCAGGCCGGACCGAAGACGCUGCUGCAGCCACGCAGGUCUCCUCUCCUCCUCACCACUCCUUUCUUACCUUCAUUUCUUCUUCUUCUGGGCUUAUUCUGUUAGUUCUGGUCUUCUUGUCCUCCCAGAUGCCUCCGGUACCGCUGGCUCGGAGGCUGCAGGACCUGGAGCGUCAGAUCCUGGCGAGCAGAGAGGAGGAGCUGGCCUGCAGGCUGAAGCUGAGCGGGCUGCUGAGCAUCGUGGACGACUGA